AUGAUUCACCUUAAAUGUUGGUUUCUUCCUGUUAUUAGGGCUCUGCAUAGUGUCACAGGGGAACGUGGCAUUGUCAUUUCUCGUUCAACAUUUCCAUCAAGUGGCAAAUGGGCAGGGCAUUGGUUAGGUGAUAAUAUUUCUAAAUGGGACCAACUUUACAAAUCCAUAAUUGGUAUGAUGGAAUUUAGCCUUUUUGGAAUAUCCUAUACUGGAGCAGAUAUCUGUGGCUUCAAUGACAACACAACAUAUGACAUGUGUGCUCGUUGGAUGCAAUUGGGUGCCUUUUACCCAUAUUCCAGAAAUCAUAAUGGCAUUGGAUUUGUAGUAAGUGUAGAAAAU